GCCAAUCGGCAUGGCUCUUAGAGAGAGCAGCUUAGUUUUUGAAUCGGUUGUGGCGGCCACCGGCCUGGAAUGGCGGUAUUUGUGAGAGGAGUCGGCGUUUGAAGAGGUGGAACUCCUAGGGCUUUUUUGAGAGUGACGGAGUCUACCUCUUGUUACCUAGACUAGAGUGCAAUGGCAUGAUCUUGGCUCACUGCAACCUCUGCCUCCCGGGUUCAAGCGAUUCUCCUGCCUCAGCCUCCUGAGUAGCUGGGAUUACAGGUGCCUGCCACCACGCCCAGCUAAUUUUUGUAUUUUUAGUAGAGACGGGGUUUCACUGUGUUGGCCAGGCUGGUCUCGAACUCCUGACCUCGUGAUCCGCCCGCCUUGGCCUCCCAAAGUGCUAGGAUUACAAGUGUGAGCCACCGCGCCCGGCCUUUCAAAUGGUAUUUUUGAUUUCCCUCUUCCAGUCCUUAAAGCAGCUGAUUUAGAAGAAUACAAAUCAUGGCUGAAAAUAGUGUAUUAACAUCCACUACUGGGAGGACUAGCUUGGCAGACUCUUCCAUUUUUGAUUCUAAAGUUACUGAGAUUUCUAAGGAAAACUUACUUAUUGGAUCUACUUCAUAUGUAGAAGAAGAGAUGCCUCAGAUUGAAACAAGAGUGAUAUUGGUUCAAGAAGCUGCAAAACAAGAAGAACUUAUAAAAGCCUUAAAGACUAUUAAAAUAAUGGAAGUCCCUGUUAUAAAGAUAAAAGAAAGUUGUCCUGGAAAAUCGGAUGAAAAAUUAAUAAAAAGUGUUAUUAAUAUGGACAUUAAAGUGGGCUUUGUAAAGAUGGAGUCAGUGGAAGAAUUUGAAGGUUUGGAUUCUCCGGAAUUUGAAAAUGUAUUUGUAGUCACGGACUUUCAGGAUUCUGUCUUUAAUGACCUCUACAAGGCUGAUUGUAGAGUUAUUGGACCACCAGUUGUAUUAAAUUGUUCACAAAAAGGAGAGCCUUUGCCAUUUUCAUGUCGCCCGUUGUAUUGUACAAGUAUGAUGAAUCUAGUACUGUGCUUUACUGGAUUUAGGAAAAAAGAAGAACUAGUCAGGUUGGUGACAUUGGUCCAUCACAUGGGUGGAGUUAUUCGAAAAGACUUUAAUUCAAAAGUUACACAUUUGGUGGCAAAUUGUACACAAGGAGAAAAAUUCAGGGUUGCUGUGAGUCUAGGUACUCCAAUUAUGAAGCCAGAAUGGAUUUAUAAAGCUUGGGAAAGGCGGAAUGAACAGGAUUUCUAUGCAGCAGUUGAUGACUUUAGAAAUGAAUUUAAAGUUCCUCCAUUUCAAGAUUGUAUUUUAAGUUUCCUGGGAUUUUCAGAUGAAGAGAAAACCAAUAUGGAAGAAAUGACUGAAAUGCAAGGAGGUAAAUAUUUACCGCUUGGAGAUGAAAGAUGCACUCACCUUGUAGUUGAAGAGAAUAUAGUAAAAGAUCUUCCCUUUGAACCUUCAAAGAAACUUUAUGUUGUCAAGCAAGAGUGGUUCUGGGGAAGCAUUCAAAUGGAUGCCCGAGCUGGAGAAACUAUGUAUUUGUAUGAAAAGGCAAAUACUCCUGAGCUCAAGAAAUCAGUGUCAAUGCUUUCUCUAAAUACCCCUAACAGCAAUCGCAAACGACGUCGUUUAAAAGAAACACUUGCUCAGCUUUCAAGAGAGACAGACGUGUCACCAUUUCCUCCCCGUAAGCGCCCAUCAGCUGAGCAUUCCCUUUCCAUAGGGUCACUCCUAGAUAUCUCCAACACACCAGAGUCUAGCAUUAACUAUGGAGACACCCCAAAGUCUUGUACUAAGUCUUCUAAAAGCUCCACUCCAGUUCCUUCGAAGCAGUCAGCAAGGUGGCAAGUUGCAAAAGAGCUUUAUCAAACUGAAAGUAAUUAUGUUAAUAUAUUGGCAACAAUUAUUCAGUUAUUUCAAGUACCAUUGGAAGAGGAAGGACAAUGUGGUGGACCUAUCCUUGCACCAGAGGAGAUUAAGACUAUUUUUGGUAGCAUCCCAGAUAUCUUUGAUGUACACACUAAGAUAAAGGAUGAUCUUGAAGACCUUAUAGUUAAUUGGGAUGAGAGCAAAAGCAUUGGUGACAUUUUUCUGAAAUAUUCAAAAGAUUUGGUAAAAACCUACCCUCCCUUUGUAAACUUCUUUGAAAUGAGCAAGGAAACAAUUAUUAAAUGUGAAAAACAGAAACCAAGAUUUCAUGCUUUUCUCAAGAUAAACCAAGCAAAACCAGAAUGUGGACGGCAGAGCCUUGUUGAACUUCUUAUCCGACCAGUACAGAGGUUACCCAGUGUUGCAUUACUUUUAAAUGAUCUUAAGAAGCAUACAGCUGAUGAAAAUCCAGACAAAAGCACUUUAGAAAAAGCUAUUGGAUCACUGAAGGAAGUAAUGACGCAUAUUAAUGAGGAUAAGAGAAAAACAGAAGCUCAAAAGCAAAUUUUUGAUGUUGUUUAUGAAGUAGAUGGAUGCCCAGCUAAUCUUUUAUCUUCUCACCGAAGCUUAGUACAGCGGGUUGAAACAAUUUCUCUAGGUGAGCACCCCUGUGACAGAGGAGAACAAGUAACUCUCUUCCUCUUCAAUGAUUGCCUAGAGAUAGCAAGAAAACGGCACAAGGUUAUUGGCACUUUUAGGAGUCCUCAUGGCCAAACCCGACCCCCAGCUUCUCUUAAGCAUAUUCACCUAAUGCCUCUUUCUCAGAUUAAGAAGGUAUUGGACAUAAGAGAGACAGAAGAUUGCCAUAAUGCUUUUGCCUUGCUUGUGAGGCCACCAACAGAGCAGGCAAAUGUGCUGCUCAGUUUCCAGAUGACAUCAGAUGAACUUCCAAAAGAAAACUGGCUAAAGAUGCUGUGUCGACAUGUAGCUAACACCAUUUGUAAAGCAGAUGCUGAGAAUCUUAUUUAUACGGCUGAUCCAGAAUCCUUUGAAGUAAAUACAAAAGAUAUGGACAGUACAUUGAGUAGAGCAUCAAGAGCAAUAAAAAAGACUUCAAAAAAGGUUACAAGAGCAUUCUCUUUCUCCAAAACUCCAAAAAGAGCUCUUCGAAGGGCUCUUAUGACAUCCCAUGGCUCAGUGGAGGGAAGAAGUCCUUCCAGCAAUGAUAAGCAUGUAAUGAGUCGUCUUUCUAGCACAUCAUCAUUAGCAAUUACCCAUUCUGUUUCCACAAGCAAUGUAAUUGGAUUUACUAAGCAUGUUUAUGUUCAGUGCCUAAACUCUACUGGUGGGCGCUCUCAGUACUCCUGGUUUCAAUCUGUACGUCAUUCUGCUUUCCGAGCUAGUUUUUCAGAGAUACUAGAAGGAAAUACUGAUUUUUCAAAUUUCAAAAAAGUUCUUUCCAAGUCAUCUUUGACAUUUGUGAAGAAUUAGGAGAUUUGCCAACCACUAAUGGAAACAAGCCUCAUGAAGUUUAAUGGUAUCCCUUCUCCCUCCCUUGUCAGCCUUCCUUCCUUCUUUGAAAGGAGAAGUCAUACGUUAAGUAGAUCUACAACUCAUUUGAUAUGAAGCGUUACCAAAAUCUUAAAUUAUAGAAAUGUAUAGACACCUCAUACUCAAAUAAGAAACUGACUUAAAUGGUACUUGUAAUUAGCACUUGGUGAAAGCUGGAAGGAAGAUAAAUAACACUAAACUAUGCUAUUUGAUUUUUCUUCUUGAAAGAGUAAGGUUUACCUGUUACAUUUUCAAGUUAAUUCAUGUAAAAAAUGAUAGUGAUUUUGAUGUAAUUUAUCUUCUUGUUUGAAUCUGUCAUUCAAAGGCCGAUAAUUUAAGUUGCUAUCAGCUGAUAUUAGUAGCUUUGCAACCCUGAUAGAGUAAAUAAAUUUUAUGGGCGGGUGCCAAAUACUGCUGUGAAUCUAUUUGUAUAGUAUCCAUGAAUGAAUUUAUGGAAAUAGAUAUUUGUGCAGCUCAAUUUAUGCAGAGAUUAAAUGACAUCAUAAUACUGGAUGAAAACUUGCAUAGAAUUCUGAUUAAAUAGUGGGUCUGUUUCACAUGUGCAGUUUGAAGUAUUUAAAUAACCACUCCUUUCACAGUUUAUUUUCUUCUCAAGCAUUUUCAAGAUCUAGCAUGUGGAUUUUAAAAGAUUUGCCCUCAUUAACAAGAAUAACAUUUAAAGGAGAUUGUUUCAAAAUAUUUUUGCAAAUUGAGAUAAGGACAGAAAGAUCGAGAAACAUUGUAUAUUUUGCAAAAACAAGAUGUUUGUAGCUGUUUCAGAGAGAGUACUGUAUAUUUAUGGUGAUUUUUAUCCACUAGCAAAUCUUGAUUUAGUUUGAUAGUGCGUGGAAUUUUAUUUUGAAGGAUAAGACCAUGGGAAAAUUGUGGUAAAGACUGUACCCUUCAUGAAAUAAUUCUGAAGUUGCCAUCAGUUUUACUAAUCUUCUGUGAAAUGCAUAGAUAUGCGCAUGUUCAACUUUUUAUUGUGGUCUUAUAAUUAAAUGUAAAAUUGAAAAUUCAUUUGCUGUUUCAAAGUGAUAUCUUUUCACAAUAGCCUUUUUAUAGUCAGUAAUUCAGAAUAAUCAAGUUCAUAUGAAUAAAUGCAUUUUUAUUUCCUAUUUCUUUAGGGAGUACUACAAAUGUUUGUCACUUAAAUUUCAAGUUUCUGUUUUAAUAGUUAACUGACUAUAGAUUGUUUUCUAUGCCAUGUAUGUGCCACUUCUGAGAGUAGUAAAUGACUCUUUGCUACAUUUUAAAAGCAAUUGUAUUAGUAAGAACUUUGUAAAUAAAUACCUAAAACCCAAGUGUA